ACAAAAAAAAUUGUAUUCAUUUCGUUGACGUUGUCAAAUCUGAAAUGCAGAAAGAGGCACUUUAGACCUUUUUUACUUCAAAAGCACAAUUAAUUUUAACGUGUAUCCUAUUUAAUGAAUUACUAAAUUAAGAAAAAUUUGAGAUGAAACUACUUUUAAUUAUUUUUAUCGCUUAUCACUUGUCCUGCACGGUUGUGUAUGGAUGGGAUACUGAGGAAUUGGAAAUUUUCGAUUUGGUAGAAGAAAUCAAUAAAAACUUUUACGAGUUUAUGGGAAUAUCACAAAAUGCCACCAAUAAUGAAAUCAAACGAGCAUUUCGUGGUCUGUCGAUACAACUGCAUCCGGACAAGAAUCCCUCAGAAGAUGCCAACAUUCAAUUUCGAAACUUGGUUUCAAUUUACGAAGUUCUAAAGGAUACAUCAAAGCGAGAAAAAUAUGAUAAAGUUCUGCGUGAUGGUUUGCCCAACUGGAAAUCUGCUUUGUACUAUUACCGUCGUAUGCGUAAGAUUGGUUUAUACGAGGGAGCCGCUAUUCUAUUCUUAAUCAUUACUGUUGGCCAAUAUUUGUUUGCUUGGGCCGCAUACUUGGAGAAGAAAUAUACGGCCGAACAAGUACUUGGCUCAAAAUUGAAAAAGUUACAAAAGAAGAACAAAAAUAUAGACAUGGAGACCAUUCUUAGUGAAAUUCCGUCGCCUUCGUUAAAGAAUACAUUACCAAUACAAAUACCUAUGUUCAUUUGGAAUCUACCAUCUACUAUUAAGGAAGGUUUCAAUAAAGCUAAUGAGCUAAAAGAAAUGGCCUUAGAGAAGCGCAGGCAGGAAUUAGAAGAAUUGAAACGUCAAGAAGAAUUGGAAAAGGAGUACGAAGAGCAGGCAAGAUUGCGUAAAGAGAAAAAAGAAAAUUUGCGCAAACGGAAACAAAAUACAAAAGCGCCUGAAAAAACUGAAGAGGAAUUGAAAGGUUAUUCCCAAAUCCAAGGUAGAGAAUUAACGGAAGAUGACGCUAUCAGGCCAGUAACACAAAAGACAUCUGUAAGUGGAAGCUUUUGGACAGACGAAGAUUUGGCAGAGCUCAUACGUUUAGUUAAAAAAUAUCCGGCUGGCUUAAGCAAUCGAUGGGUAACAAUUGCUGAAACCAUGAAUCGUACAGUACAGGAAGUCACAUUUAUGGCGGCGAAAAUGAAGGAAAACGGUUUUCGUAUACCCGGACAAACAGAAAGUGUGGCCGAAAAUAUAGUACAGGAAACUCAGGAAAUCGUAAAAAAAGAGAAAACAAGAAAAGAAAAGAAUAUCAUAAUACCAGAAACAAACUGGAGCCAAGAACAGCAAAAAGCUCUUGAAGCAGCUAUUGUGAAAUAUAGAAAAACUGCCGGCAGUGACAGGUGGCAAAAGAUUGCCAACUGUGUUCCAGAUAAAUCGAAAGAAGAGUGUUUGAUUCGUUACAAAUAUCUCUGUGAAUUGGUGAAAUCACAGAAAAAAUCCGAAGAGUCUGAAGCGAAUUUGGAAGCAACUACAAAUGUUGAAACCCCUCAAGACACUGAACAAGAAACUGAGAGUGUUCAUACGCAAGAGUGUAAGCCUGUAACGGCUGAGGAUUUAGCAGAUGAUUUAUCGGAAAAGGGAGGAAAGAAACGCAACAAACGCAAAGAAAGAAGAAGACGAAGGGACUUCUCUUCAGAUGAAGAUUCUGAUGAUGCCUACUCGUACGAAGUUAAUUAAAUGUUUAAUAUAAUUAAACUAAUUAAGACCAGGGAUAAUUGACAUAAAUUUUUUCAAUAAAUUAAAUGUAUCAUUCAUUCCAUGAUGGGUUUAUAAAAUAUAUUGUUUUUUACCUUGUGCG